ACUACCAUCUAACAUCUAGCAGUCAUCUACGCUCGCUCUCGCCCACACACUCGCCCGCAACAUGCAAGCUACAGGUAUCCAGCUAUACCCCCCGGACUCGACCGACGUACCUUCCUUAUCAGGGGAGGUGUUUCCGUACGAUGCUUUCAUGGGCAAGUGGCAUGUCGUCUGGUCGACCUUGCCGCUUUGGAAUGACAAGAAAGAUGUCACCAUCACCUACAAAUCGCUCCCAUCCGAUGGCGAGAAGAGGAAAUUCGACGAUCUCGUCGAAUACCGUAAACAGAGCGCUUCGAGCGAUUCGGCUCCAUCAACGGUUCUCGGCGUGGAUACUUUGAACACGUCCUCGACAUCUCACGGAGCCGCUUUCGAUUGGCGUGGAAAAGGCUGGCUCAUGAUCGCCACGUCGCACUGGCAAGUGCUCGGGUAUGACCCGGCGCCUGAACCGCAAUGGGCCGUCACCUACUUUUCCAAGACCCUCUUCACACCUGCAGGCGUCGACAUCUAUCUCAGAUCACCCAUCACCCCCGACAAUCGGGUCUUGGUGCAAGAGAUCGUCUCCAAGCUGAAACAUGUGCCCGGAGAGAUCGCUCGUCUCUCAGGAUCGGGGUUCGUGGUUGGGGAAGCCAAGUGAUCACAACAUUGCGAUGGUUAAUGCAAUCGACCUGAUGCUUUAUACAAUAUUCUUUUCCGUCUGACACGGCCACUUUCUGGCAUGCGCUACUUUCUAUUGGAUACAAGGCGACACAAUCCUACGAUGCUUGUCGGGUUCGUGCCGGUGAGAAGGAUGUUAGAUACAGCUGUUAUCAUUCUGUGGAAACCAGAUCAAGGGGUGGGACUGGGCUAUACGCUUUCGAGCGGAGGGGUCAUGGUCGUUGCCUUUACUGUUGGCGGUAUUAUGGCUUUCAAGAGUGCGGGUAAUCGGU